CAAGAAAAACUAAAACCAGCGUCCAAGGAGGAAAACGCCAAGCCCGCCCCGCAAGACAAAUUAAAGCCGCUGGUCAAAGAGGAAAAUGCCAAACCAGCAGCAAUACAAGACAAAUUAAAGCCAGUAGUCAACCAAGAGAAGGCAAAACCCUUCGACGAAAGGCAAAAAACUGCAGUCAAGGAGGAAAAUGCCAAACCAGCGGUCAACCAGGAAAAAGCCAAAACUUUGGAGAAGGACGGAAAGGCAAAACCAGCUGAAAAGGAAGAAAUUUCUAAGCCCCCGGUGACAAAAGAGAGUACAAAGCCACCCGUCGUAGAGGGGAACGCCAAACCUGUUGAGGAAAAUGCAGCGCCGGCGGUCAAAGAGGAGAAAGUGGAGCAGAACUGUGUGUCGGUGGUGGAUGGAGAAGUGGAGAACAAGGCUGAAGAAAGCUCAGGGACUCCACCAGUCUUCUCUGAAGUUUUGCAGGACUUAAAGUUGGCGGAUGGAGAGAAGCUGCUUCUACAGUGCCAGGUCACCUCAGAGCCACCGCCGACCGUAACAUGGACUCUCGAUGGGAAAGUCAUGAAGUCCUCCAAGUUCAUUGUUCUCGCUCAAGAAGGCCCCCUGUGCACUCUCACCAUAGAGAAGACGUACCCGGAGGACGGUGGGCAGUAUAAAUGUGUCGCGGAGAACUCAGCGGGGAAGGCGGAGUGCUCCUGCAAUGUCGCUGUAGAAGAUACUUCCGGAAAAACAGAAAUAAAGAAAACCAAAAAGCCUCGAAGUAAUGCGGCCCCAGCCGGCACAGCGGAGCAUGGGGCCACCAUUAAGAAGAAGCCAGCUCCGAAGACCCCCCUUAAAGCAGCCUCUGCACUGCAAAUCCUCCAAUUUCCCGAAGACCAGAAAGUCCGCGCCGGAGAGUCCCGUGGUACUUCUGUCCAAAGUGGCGGGAACGCAGCCCAUUACCUGCACCUGGAUGAAGUUCAAGAGAGAGAUCAAAGAAAGUGAAUUCAUCAAGGUGGAGAGCUCAGAGGACUCCAGCAAACUGACCAUCUCAUGCGCCCGCCAGGAGCAUUGCGGCUGCUACACGCUGGUGGUGGAGAACAAACACGGCUCCAAGCAAGCGCAGGUCAACCUGACCGUAUUCGAUAAGCCGGAUCCCCCAGCCGGGCAGCCCUGUGCCUCGAGAUAUUAGGGCUCGGCCCUGACCCUGUCCUGGUAUGGUCCCACCUAUGAUGGAGGCAGCGUGGUCCAGUCCUACAUGGUGGAGAUCUGGGAUUCCGUGGACAAGAAAUGUGGUCCGACCUGACGCUGUGCAGGAGCACCUCCUUCAACGUGGAAAUCUGCUGCACGACCGCGAGUACAAGUUCCGGGUCCGGGCCACCAACGUGUACGGAACCAGUGAGCCCAGCCAGGAAUCGGACCCUGGUGGCUUACAAGGAGAAAGUAGAAGGAGAACAUAAAGAUGAAGUUGAAGUGUCUGAUGAUGAGGAGAUGUCGGAGUCGGAUUACCGCAAUGUGGCCAUAAACACCACGCAGAAGGUGGCAGAAUUCUACGACGUGGAGGAGCGGCUGGGGACGGGUAAAUUCGGACAAGUGUUCCGGUUGGUGGAUAAGAAGACGAAGAAGGUUUGGGCAGGAAAAUUCUUUAAGGCGUACUCCGCCAAGGACAAGGAGGGGAUCCGGCAGGAGAUCGACAUCAUGAACUGCCUGCACCACCCCAAACUGGUCCAGUGCAUAGACGCCUUUGAAUCCAAAGCCGACAUGGUGAUGGUUCUGGAACUGGUGUCCGGCGGCGAGUUGUUUGAGCGAAUUAUCGAUGAGGAUUUCGAGUUGACGGAAAGAGAAGUCAUCAAGUACAUGAAGCAGAUUUCGGAGGGGGUGGAGUUCAUCCACAAGCAAGGGAUCGUCCACCUGGACCUGAAACCCGAGAACAUCAUGUGCGUCAACAAGACCGGAACCAAAAUCAAACUCAUCGACUUCGGCCUGGCCAGGAGACUAGAGAGCACACCAAACCUCAAAGUCUUGUUUGGGACCCCCGAAUUCGUGGCCCCUGAGGUGAUCAACUAUGAGCCCAUCGGCUACGCCACGGACAUGUGGAGCAUCGGGGUCAUCUGCUACAUCCUGGUGAGCGGUCUCUCGCCCUUUAUGGGUGACAACGAUAAUGAGACGUUGGCGAAUGUCACCUCCGCUACCUGGGACUUCGACGAUGAAGCCUUCGAUGAGAUCUCAGAGGACGCCAAAAACUUCAUCAGCACUCUGCUCAAAAAAGACAUGAAGAGUCGCCUGAACUGUACGCAGUGCCUGCAGCACCCUUGGCUCCAGCAGGACACCAACACCAUGGAGGCCAAGAAACUGUCCAAGGAGCGGAUGAAGAAGUACAUGGCGCGGCGGAAGUGGCAGAAAACCGGGAAUGCUGUGCGAGCCAUCGGGCGUCUGUCUUCCCUGGCCAUGAUAUCCGGUAUGGGUGCCAGGAAGUCUUCAGGAGGUUCCCCCACCAGCCCAUUGUGUGCAGAACUGGAGGCUGGAGAAGAUGACGGCCAGGCCUUCCUGGAGUCCGUGUCGGAGGAGAGACCUCCCAUGAAGCCGGUCUUCACCAAGACCAUAUUGGAUAUCGAGGUGGUGGAGGGCAGCGCGGCCAGAUUCGACUGCAGGAUCGAAGGUCAUCCCGACCCCGAGGUGAUCUGGUACAAGGACGAUCAUCCCAUCAAGGAGUCUCGCCACUUCAAGAUAGAGUACGACGAAGAUGGCAACUGCUCUCUCACCAUCUCGGAGGUGUGCGGUGACGAUGACGCCAAGUACACGUGCAAAUCCAUCAACAGCCAAGGGGAGGCGUCCUGCACCGCUGAGCUCAUUGUGGAGGUGAUGGCGGAGGAGGAGGAGAAGAAGAGGAGGAGGAAGAAGAAGAGGAGGAGUGAUGGAUAUCCCGUGUCGGACUUAUCUCUAUUGAGGGGACUUUCCCAUCCAGAUCCCAGAGAGACACUUCUUAGAGAACCUGGAAGCCAUAUUUACAUGCACAGUUUGAAGAGCACGUCGGCGGCCAACCAGAUGAGAGUUGUUCCUUUUCUCCGAGGGCAUUAUCGCUGCUCAGCCGUAACAGACAAAACGAUGACUCUGGGGGCGGCGGGGGUGGGGUUUGGGGGGGGGGGGGUUCAGGCUGGCUCUGUUAUUAGAGAAACACACCGGAUUGUGGAUCUGGGGGGAGAGUGA